AUGGAGCAGGGUGCUGCUGUGCAGAAAGCAUCUUUUGUAUGGAUGCUUCUUCGCGAUUUGGCUGAUGCCUAUCCUCCUCGUCAGACUUUGUUGGAGUUGGAUGUUUUCACUGCGGUUGCUCCUGUUGGCAGUGCGGUGUAUGGGGUGAACACGUCUAUGGUGUUAAGGCAUGGGGACCAUGUUGAUUUGUGGUACAUUGUAGUCGCAUCCCCCACUCUUCUUACCAGCCAGGAAUGGUCGACAGUCCUACGUGACAUGGUGGAAGCCACCCAGAUGUCUCGCGAAGAUUCCUAUUAUGGUUUAGGCUGCUUGGAUAAGCAGCAGCAGGAGGAUCAGCUGAAUGAUGUGCAGAAAAAGAUUGUUGAAUUUGGGAAUUCCCCGCAGUCGUACAUUAUGGGUUCGAUGGACAGUGUUAGGGCUGUGCUUGCGAGUGUGCGCGCUUAUAAUGUGGAGCAAAGUUCUACGAUUUCAACGGUGUAUCUCUUAUUCAAAUGCGAUAAUAUUGAAGCUACGAAUCUCAAAUGAUAGAGUUAAACGCUGUGAUUUCAACGGUGCAACUCUUAUUUAAAUGCGAU